AUGAGACUUAAAAUAGCAAUUGUCCAGAUCAAUUCACUUCUAGGACAUCCACAACAAAACAUCACCAAGAUCCACAAUUUAUUAUCAACCAUCAAGGGGAAAUUCCCCGAUUUGGUGGUGUUGUCAGAACUUGCAAUAACCGGCUACAACUUCUCUCUGGCUAAACAUAUCCAACCAUUUUUGGAAUCGCCAUUAAAGUAUGGGGCAUCGCUUAAGUUUGCCCACGAAUUGAGUCAAAAACACCAUUGUUUUACUGUGGUGGGGUAUCCUGAGGGAGUUAGUAUUGGCGAGGUUAACGGGGGUGGUUCAAGGGAUGAGCAAUUGAUUUAUAAUUCUUGUGCUGUUUUCAAUAGAGGUGGUGACUUGAUUUAUAAUUACCGCAAGACAUUUUUAUAUGAAACUGAUGAAAAAUGGGGGUGUUUAGAAAAUCCAGACGCCAAAUUCACACCAAUCCCCCUACAAUUCAGUGCCAACGAAGAGAGAGGGGGAGAUGAUACUUCUGUGCUAGCUAAUUUUGGUAUAUGUAUGGAUUUAAAUCCAUAUAAAUUUGAAGCCCCAUUCAAUAAAUUUGAAUUCAGCGCCCAAAGUUAUCAUAACCGGGCUAAAUUGAUCAUAUGCCCAAUGGCCUGGCUCUCACCUCAAUCACCAUCAAUCAAAUUGGAAUUGAAUGAGCAAGAGAAAUUAAAACAAGCUGAAUCAUUACAUCUACUGAGUCAACCAUGUGAUGAAACGAUAAAUUAUUGGAUACUUCGGUUUUUUCCAUUUUUAAAACACAAGUAUAGUUUUAUGCCCAAAUGGUGGUCAGCUGAUGAAAAAGUUAAUGUGUUGAUUUGUAAUCGAGUGGGGAGAGAGGGUGAUGUGGUGUAUGGUGGUAGUUCAUGUAUUUUACAAUUUAAUAAUAAUAAAGAAGAGGUUACAAGUGGGGGAGAUGAUGGUGAUGGUUUUGAUGCGAUUGAUGAAUCGAAUCCUAGUGUUGAUGUUGUUGGACGAUUAUCUCAAAGCGAAGAAGGUAUAUUGGUGCAGGAAAUUGAUGUGUAG